AUGGCCACUACUCCAUCCUCAUCAGACCUCAGGAAGGUGAUUGAGGCUACUGCAGAAACGUUUUUGGCAUCGUUCGAAGACGGUUCAGUCCAGAACGACCCCGCCAUCAUUAACCGCACCCUCACACCAGACUGCACUCGACACAUACUCCCUUCCAGCGUGUCUGAGGUCCUUGGUCUGCCGGCAAAUUUCAGCAUCGACAAUGUCACGUUCCAAAAAGUCUUUGCUAAAGACAUCAAAGCCCUCAAGUUCCGCAACGGCAUCAUUUCGAACUUGGUUAUCGACACUGAAGCUCGCCGCGCUGCGUUCACAUCUAUAUUUGAUGUGGUCGUAGUAGGUAGCGGGGAAAAAUUCGCCUCGGAGGCCAGUUUCACCUUGUACUUCAACGAAAAUGGUUCCAAGAUCACAAAAGUGAUUGAGUUCCUCGAAAAAGAUUCGACUGUAAGGAUGGCAGGCGUUCACAAGGAGAACAUGCCGAAUAUCAAUUGA